AUGCGCAUCCGAAACAGUGUUUGGGCUUCUGCCCUACUGGCUCUGAGCACUCCGGUUCUGGCGUGUGAGAGCUGUGAGCACCCAGAGCAAGAUGUUGUCAUGACGAGAAAUGUGCGACGCAUGCAACCAGAUGCCCAGAAUGCUGCUGUCGGCCCUCGCGGACCAUUGGCCUGGGGCCAGCUCAAUUUUCUGCACACCACUGACACCCACGGCUGGCUCGAGGGACACAUCAGAGAGCAAAACUAUGGUGCAGACUGGGGCGACUAUGUGUCUUUCGUCAAGCAGAUGAGACAGAAGGCAAGGGAUCUGGACGUCGAUCUUCUAGUGGUCGACACUGGUGUAAGUUUCCACAAAGAGCGAUCGUUGGAUCAUGCUCACCAUUACCAGGAUCUGCACGAUGGUGCAGGGCUUAGCGAUGCCACUGGAGUUGCUACCUACGGUGGUGUCAAUGGACAGUUGUCAAACCCAAUCUUCGAGCAACUGGACUAUGAUCUUCUAACCAUCGGAAAUCACGAGCUUUACGUCUCUGCAAUCGCUUAUGAGACCUUCAACCAGUUUGCCAAAGCAUAUGGUGAGAAAUACUUGACCAGCAAUGUUCAGAUCAGAAACCCAAGCACUGGCGAGCUCGAGUACAUCGGUAAGAAAUACAGAUACUUCAAGACCCAGAAGGGCCUCAGAAUCAUGGCCUUUGGUGUGCUGUUCGACUUUACUGGCAACUCGAAUGCUUCGGUCGUCACUAAAGCUGCCGACAUGGCCAAGGAGUCUUGGUUCAUCAACGCAGUCAACCACAAGAACGUCGAUGCCUUUGUGUUGAUCGGCCACAACCCCGUCGGUCUCAAGAGCAGCACUAACACUCUGCAAACUGUCUUCACGGCUAUUCGUGCCAUCAAGCCCGACACACCUAUUCAGAUGUUCGGUGGCCACACCCACAUUCGUGAUUUUGCAGUCUACGAUGACAAGUCUGUCGGUAUUGAGAGUGGAAGAUACUGCGAGACUCUGGGCUGGUUGGCUGUCAGCGGCAUCAAUCCACACGGCAAGGCCAAUCCCAAGNGAGUUCCCAACCCAACCAUGAAGGCAAAGAAGAACGGCACUGCUGCGGCUUCUGCUACCCUCGCUUCUUCCACCAGUGCUUCGAACUUGACCUUCUUCCGUCGCUAUCUGGACUGGAACCGUAUGACUUUCGAGUACCACGCCGAAGGUAGCCAGGCCAAGGCAUUCGAUACCACCAAAGGCCUUGCUGUGACCAAGAACAUCACUGCCACUCGCAAGGAGCUGAACUUGACUAGUAUCUAUGGCUGUGCUCCCCAGACAUGGUGUCUCAACUGUGCACCAUUCAAGUCUGAAGGCUCCAUCUACUCUCUUCUGGACAGAGCGCUCUCCGCCACCAUCGUGACCAAGCAACGUGCUGACAAGCCUCGUCUCAUCAUCACCAACACUGGUCACAUCAGAUUUGAUCUAGCCGAGGGAACUUUCGACUACGAUUCAAGCUUCAUCGUCUCACCAUUCACCGACGCCUUCCAAUAUCUCCCCGAUGUUCCUUACCACCUCGCCAGCCAAGUCCUCUCCGCUCUGGAAAGUGGCAACUACCCAUCUAAGCGCGAUCUAUCUUCCGAAGACUUCGGCUUUAACCAAAUGAACCCUUCGCUCGACAGCUGUAUCGAUCCUCCCGUAACUCACGACCACCUCAUCACCAAGCGCUCUUACCCAGGUGGCCGCAUUAUCAGACGCCAGACCACCACCACGCCUGGAUACACUACCUCCGAUGACUUUGGAACUGAUGGAGACGACACCAUACAUUCCAAGAUCCCUUACUACUCCACCCCCAACUUCUUCCAAGCCAAUGGCAGUCUUCCUGCCAAUGGAACUCUGGCUGCUGACGCCGUUGUCGAUCUCAUCUUCUUGGACUAUGUAGCUGCUAGUGUUGUUCAGGCUUUGAAUGGAUUAGGUGGAAGCUAUACUAAUGACCAGGUUACCUACUAUUUGCCCAAGGUAAGCUUUGCACCACGGAUCAGAACGAAGACGUCAAGAAGCUAA